AACCCAUAAUUCCAAUUCUCAAAUAAUCCUUUUUUUCUUUCAUUAAUUCACAAAUUUCAUCACCAAAAACCCAAUUAAUCGAAUGGGAAACUGUGUAAGAAAAGAUUCCGACGUGCAAUGGGGCGGCGACGAUUGGGGAUCUCCGUCGUCAUCGCCGGAACAUUCCUUGCUUUACUCUGAAGGUGGCAGAAAAACUGAAGAGAGAGAGGUGGUCGGAGAAAAAGAUUCUGAUCACCGGUUUUCUUCUUCCGACGGGAAGAGGCCGCCGACGACGGAGGUGAAGAUUAAGAUAACGAAGAAGCAGUUGGAGGAGUUAUUAGGUAUGAAAGAGAUGCAAGGGUUGACGUUACAGCAGGUGUUGAAUCUGUUGAUGAACGGUGGAGAUGGAGGAUUUGAAUCGAAUCAACGGUCGUGGAGACCGGCUCUACAGAGUAUACCUGAGUGAUCGUCUACAUAUAUAUUUUUGAGGUUUAGUUAUUGCACAUAUACAUACAUAUUCUUUUGUAAAUAUAAUUUCGAAUUCAAGAUUUUUAAACUCUUUUU